AUUCGCGACGGCACCCGCUCCGUUCGUACGUGCACGCGCGGCGGAGGCAACCUCUUCGCUCUCGGGUGGAAACGAGCGAGGCUCGAUGAUGCGUGGAAGCGACGGAUUCUCGGCUGCCUCGUAACGCGGACGCGCGGGACGUUCACGACGCGUCGUACGCGCGCACGCCACGCAGAAAACGCCGAAAAUCCGGAGCGCGAGCAGAUAUUGACAAAUACCCGACUCGGCGUUGCGCGACACCGUCGGCUGCCCGUCUCGGAGUAACGCGACCGGUUGGCGCCACCGCGCGAACCUCGCCGCAACUAACAGCUGACCGGUCGGCGUCAUUCCGUCCGUUUCUGGAUAAAGCAGUGUCGAAAGAGCGACGACCUUAGACGAGGUUUCGUGACUACCGAGUGAUACUCUGAGACAGCUGAUUGUCGAUAAUAUCGCACGUUUAUAACCUACAAAAUGUUCAGUGUUAUUCCCUUACAAGUUGUACACGAUCAUAAAUUGCCUACCGUUGUUCGCUUGUUGAUUAAAAUUGAUUUGCUCAACAGUGAAUAUUGAUUUGUUAAUGUAUCGUGCCAUAAAUGCGUAAUCUGUAAAAUUACUGCCAAAGUGGAAUAAAAGUCAAAGAUUGCGCGAGAGAAUUUUGACAGAUUCAAGGGUAAAGAGAGACAAUGGCAGUUUGUUGUAUCUGUGACGUAGAAAUUGGGUCACCGCCAGAGUGUAUUAGUUUUCACAGGUUUCCGAAACAAGAUAACAGAAAAUUACGUUGGCUCACGGUAAUCAAUGAGAAUAUCAAAAACUUUGCAUUUACUGCUAACUCACAAAUAUGUAGUCAACAUUUUACAGUGGACUGCUUUGUAGUAACAUGUAGUGGCAGGCGUUACUUGAAGUCAAAUGCUGUACCUAGUAUAUUUAGUAUGCCUUUAAAACAAGGGCUGGAAAUGACCCAACCAGUUCCACAACAGCAAUGUAUGGAGAAGUGUAAUAACAUUGCUAGCACAAAUUAUAAGCAAACACUUGUACAGACCAUUAAAACUAUACCUAUAACCAUUAUGAACUCUAAUGACAAUAAAAAUGACCCACACGAAUUAAAUACAACUUCUAAAACAUCUCUUACCAUACUUAAAUGUGUCACUAAAACUGAUACACAGGUUCCUGCACACAGUGGAAUUUCGAAUGGGUCGUCAGUCAGUGACAAAGAAGAAAUAACUGAUUUGCAACAUGCCAAGGAAUAUGCGGCAACAUUAAAAAAGAAGUUAAAAGUUUCACAACAGAAGUGCAGAAGAUUGCAAUCAAGAAUCACAUUUUUAAAAUUACUUGUAAAGCAUUUGCAAAACAAAAAAUGUAUAAAUCAAAAAGAUAUAAAACUGCAAGUAUAAGAAGUUUUUAAUAAAUGUAUAAAAAAUUAUUUGUUUUUAGAAACAAAUGAUUUGUCCUUGCAAUAUAUGUAAUUUUUAUAUUAUUACUUAAAUUUUUUACUCAUGAAUCACUCAGGUAUAAUUGUGAAUUACAAUUAAUUAAACACUACUCUUUGUUAAGAUGUAAUAUUGUAUAUAUUCUUCAAAUUACUCUCAUAAAGUAUUGUAACAAUAAGAAACCACAUCGGAAACCUUAUCGCU